AUGCAAGUCGAUGUUCCUGAUGUGGCACUGCCGCACAUCCCACCUGAGGCAGGCAACAUGGUGACCGACUUUCUGGACACUAUUCCGAAGGCCAAGGAAAAGGUGAAGCCCAUCGACACUUUCCUCGAGACGAUGUCCAAGCAGAAGGCUGCUCAAUGCCGCCACGAGGAGGUGGAGCGGCGCAAGUAUGCCGCAAAAGUGAAGGCGUUUCAGGGCCGCCUCGGGAAGUCCGCCUCUGCACCAGAACUCGCAUUUACCGGAGUACGGACGCCGCCCCGACCAAACCCAGCAGUGUCUCUGAACGUGGCAGAUGAGGACAGGUGGCUGCCUCCGAAGAUCGCCGCGGAGGAUGUGAAGGUCGGCAUGGAGCUUCAAGGAGUGCGCGGCAGGUACGGUCUGAAUGGUGUAUUCAUUAACAUUGGCGCCCCUAGAGAUGGGUUUCUGCACACCAGCGAAUGGCGCGAUGGCUUCCCCGAAGAGCAGCCCUUCGUAUUGAAUGAGCGUAUUCCAGUUCGGGUCUUGCACAUUGAUGACGAGGGCAGGAUAUUCCUGACGUGCCGCACAGGACCAUUGGAGAGGCCACCGAUGUUCAAAAUACCAGCGAUUCAGGACUCGGAUAUAGAAGCCUUCGACGCGCUCAGCGAGAGCGAUUCCAUAGAAGCGGAGGUGGUGCGCAUUGCCUUGUAUGGUGUGUUCGUCAAAGUUCAGGUGCCUGGAAGCCAAAUGGUGCAAGCUCUGCUGCAUAAGAACGAGAUGACGCAAGAGCUCAAGGAAACCGUCUCCCUUGGCAUGAAAGUGCAGGUUCGCCUCUUGAAGAAAGACGAUUGGAAGCAGAAGAAGGUGAUCGGUGUUGCUUGUGCGGAGUAG